AAGUCAGUAUUCAGGGCAGGUUUGCCCGGGACCCUGCCUGUGUGAGUAUCAGAAACAUGGCGGAAAGCGAGUUGAACGUUGACAGCAUCAUCUCUCGGUUACUGGAAGUGCGAGGAUGUCGCCCGGGGAAGGUCGUACAGAUGACAGAGGCUGAGGUGCGGGGGCUCUGCAUCAAGUCCAGAGAGAUUUUCCUCAGUCAGCCGAUCCUGCUAGAACUGGAAGCUCCACUCAAAAUCUGUGGUGAUAUCCAUGGACAGUACACAGACUUGCUGAGGCUAUUCGAGUAUGGAGGCUUCCCUCCAGAGGCCAACUAUCUGUUCCUGGGAGAUUACGUGGACAGAGGGAAGCAGUCGCUGGAGACAAUCUGCCUGCUGCUCGCCUACAAGAUCAAAUACCCAGAAAACUUCUUCUUGCUCAGGGGGAACCACGAGUGUGCCUCCAUCAAUCGCAUCUACGGCUUCUAUGAUGAGUGCAAGCGCAGGUUCAACAUAAAGCUCUGGAAGACUUUCACUGACUGUUUUAAUUGUCUGCCCAUUGCUGCAAUUAUUGAUGAGAAGAUUUUCUGCUGCCAUGGAGGACUCUCACCUGAUCUGCAGUCCAUGGAACAAAUUCGCCGCAUUAUGAGACCCACUGAUGUCCCAGACACAGGUUUGCUGUGUGACCUGCUGUGGUCGGACCCAGACAAAGACGUCCAGGGCUGGGGGGAGAACGAUCGGGGAGUUUCCUUCACCUUCGGGGCCGAUGUGGUCAGCAAGUUUCUCAACCGUCACGACCUGGACCUCAUCUGCCGAGCACAUCAGGUUGUUGAAGACGGCUAUGAGUUCUUUGCCAAACGGCAGCUGGUGACGCUGUUCUCCGCCCCAAACUACUGCGGCGAGUUUGACAACGCAGGCGGCAUGAUGAGUGUGGACGAGUCCCUUAUGUGCUCCUUUCAGAUCCUGAAGCCGUCAGAAAAAAAAGCAAAGUACCAGUAUGGAGGGGUGAAUUCAGGACGCCCUGUCACCCCGCCUCGCACCACUCAGGCACCAAAAAAGAGGUGAGCGGCUGGCCCUGACUCCUCUGCUCCUCCCCCGGCUGGUCUCUGGCCCAUGUCCCCUGCAGGCUGCCUCAAACACUCCAGCCCUCUCUCAGUCAGCUUGUUCAUGUGUAAACAAAACUCCAGGAGUGUUUUUUGCUUGUUCUGUGGGUAUUUUUAUGAACAUGCGAGUGGUAUUUCUUUUCCAUUUCUUUUGAUGCCAUGGUAUGUAUUAACUCAGCCCUCACUUCUACUACUCAGUCCAUUCAGCAAUAUUAAAACCAACCUUUUGUGGAAUGGGUAAGAUGUUUAGAAAAGAUGCUUCUCUGCCUUCAAAUUAACAAUUUCCAUAGUGAUUUUGUGAAUGCAUGCACGCUUUGUGAGACUGAGAAGCCCUUUCCAAUGUAAAAUACAUAAAUUCUCCCAGACAGCAGUCAAUUGAUCCUUCCUAAGUCCCGCCUCUUUUUGCUCUGUGCUCCAAUAACAGCUGAGCAAACCUCAACGUUGGUCAACUUUCUCCUUUCCUGUAACUAGAUAUGCUAUGUGCUAGGCUCGUCUAUAUAAAUAUAAUCGCAUAUUAAGUUAGGUAACUAAUGUUAGCAAAACGCUAGCUAAUUUACAUCAACUGUUAGUUAACUAGUCACAGCUGAAAGCUAAUGUUAGCAAAAUGUGAGCUAACUAGCUAGCUAAUUUACACCAGUCGUUAGCUCACGUUUUGCUAACAUUGGCUAACUUAAGGUGUGACUGUGAAUGUGGCUGCCUUUUAAAGACAAGCCUAGCACGUAGCAUAUCUAAAGGAGAAAGUUGUUAUUGGAGCACAGAGCAAAAAAGGGCGGGACUUAGGAAGGGUCAGUUGUUUCUUGUCUUACCUUGAUUUGUCUAAUGUUCAUGUAAUUAACCUAAUUACUGCCAUUGCCCCCUUUUAUAUUGGCUGAAGUAGGACACUGCUUAAAGGAAUAGUUUGACAUUUUGGGAAAUACGCUUAUUUGCUUUCUGAGUUUGAUGAGAAGAUUACAACAACUUUCAUGUCUGUCAAAUAUAAAACUACCACCAGCAGCCGGCUAACUUGGCUUAGCAAAAAGACUGUACGCAGGCGGAAACGGGUCACUUAGCUCCGUCCAACGGUAACAAAAUCCACUUAAGAUCUCUUUAAUCAACAUUUUAUAUCUUGUUUAUUCAAACUGUAAAAAAAUCAAGUGUAAAAACAAAAAAAAAACAAACAAACAAAUCUACAUUUUACAUUAACAUCCGUAAAACUCAUUUUUACACUUUGGGUUUUUGUAUAUAUUAAACAAACAAGAUAUAACAUGUUAAUUAUGGAUUUUGUUACCUUUAGACAGAGCUGGGUUACCUGUAGCCGCCCAGACAUGAAGUAUCUGUCUUCUCAUCAAACUCCUUUUUGGGAAAUAUGCUUAGUCGCAUUCUUGCAAAAUUUUUCCUUUAAGAAGUUAGACAUUGCAAUGACCUUCCCUUUGACUCAAGAAUGUUUUUCUCCCCAUGGAGGGAUCAAUAAAAACCUGAGAUUUUGACAAUAUCAGUGCAAUAAAUAUUGCUUAAAAUCUUGCUAUAUGCAAGCAUAAACGUUUUAAAGGCCAUUAAAGCCUACUUCAAAAAAAGGACACAGCCAACCUGUGCUGUACCUUUUUAUUAGAGCAUUCACACACAGUAGAUCUACAUUUAGUGUUUCCAGCUCUGAAACUUUUUUUUUAAUCCCUCACAUCGCUGAAGGAGUGCUUUUGGUUGUUAAAGAGCAGAAUUUCCAUUAAGUAAUGCAAAAGCGUAAACAUUGCAUCUUCAGUUUUGAUGUAAAUUCAGUGUAUGUGGAAACUGUGGGAACCAAACAUCAGUGAGCAGUACGAGUUUGUGUCCUUUAGUCUGGUAAGUGCAGUAGGUGUUUAGAAAAGUAGAGACGGAUAUGUUGGUGCAGAAGAAGGUAUAUAAAAGAAAUGUAAAGAACACAACAACAGAAAAAGGAUUAGAAAGAAUAGUUAGCAGUAUAUUCAUUUUUUCAGUAGAUGUCAAGCUCUCACAUGCUGAACAUUGUUGCUCUUCCAGUCAUUGCAUGACAUUGUAAAGAGGUCCAAAUCAUCAAGUCAAGACGGUGGCAUUUUGUUUGUUGUUCCCACUUUGUGGUUAUCGGAUUGAAAAGUAAAUCAUUUCCAACUCACUAAAUGAGCAUUUAACCGAUGUAUUUUUAUUUAUUUAAAAUUUAAACCUUUUGCCUUGUAAAUCUAUUGGUCUUCAAGUUGGAAACAGUAUGUUAAGACGUUUUGAGAUUUGUACGAGUUUGUUUCAAAUGAGUGAAAUAAAUGGAAGUGCUGUUGA